UUCCCGCAAGAAACGCACACACCGUCUUUUGUCUUUCUCUCUCACGAGGUGCUCGUAGUCCUCUGUAAUAACCCACCAAAAAAAAGAAAAAAAAAUCUUCCAUUGAACUAUUGAAGAAAGCUUGGCCUGUCUGUCUGUCUUCUAAACUCAAAUCCCUUUCUCUCACUAUAGAGUAUUUAUUGUAAUAAUGAGAGUAAAUACAGAAACUGUUCUUAUCUACAUGAGUUUCACAUCUUCUCUGUUCAACUAUUUCUGUCUGAAGAACAAGAUGAUUAUGACCAAAGUUCUAUAAGAAUAAACUCAAACCCACCCAUAUAUAUUAUUGGUAGAUCUAUUCAUUUAUAAACUUUUUGGAUUUUUUCUUUUUCUUCUUCUUCUUCUUUCUUAUUUCUGAUUGGGAGAUAAGAGAGAUGAACAAUCUGAUGAGUUAUCUAGAACCAGAUUACUCUGAGUUUGUUGAAGUUGAUCCUACUGGGAGAUAUGGAAGAUAUAAUGAAGUUCUGGGUAAAGGAGCUUCUAAGACUGUGUACAGAGCAUUUGAUGAAUACGAAGGCAUCGAAGUAGCAUGGAACCAAGUCAAGCUCUACGACUUCUUACAAAGCCCUGAAGACCUCGAGAGGCUUUACUGCGAGAUCCACCUCCUCAAGACUCUUAAACACAAGAACAUUAUGAAGUUCUACACCUCUUGGGUCGAUACCUCUAACCGUAACAUCAAUUUCGUAACUGAAUUGUUCACUUCCGGCACCUUAAGACAGUAUAGACUGAGGCAUAAGAGAGUGAACAUAAGAGCGGUGAAGAAUUGGUGCAGACAAAUCUUGAGAGGGUUGCAUUAUCUACAUAACCAUGACCCUCCUAUAAUCCACAGGGAUCUCAAAUGUGACAACAUUUUCGUUAACGGCAAUCAAGGAGAGGUCAAGAUUGGAGAUCUUGGCCUCGCCGCCAUUUUAAGAAAGUCCCACGCUGCUCAUUGCGUAGGUAUGUAUACACAACAAACCCCUACAUACUUUCCUUCCGAGUUGUUUCACGUUCUGAUUGUGUAUGUUUUACUAGGGACACCUGAGUUCAUGGCUCCUGAAGUCUACGAAGAAGCCUACAACGAACUAGUUGAUAUAUACUCUUUUGGUAUGUGCAUUCUAGAAAUGGUAACGUUUGAUUACCCUUACAGCGAAUGCACACACCCUGCUCAGAUCUACAAGAAAGUUAUGUCGGGGAAGAAGCCAGACGCAUUGUACAUGGUGAAAGACCCUGAGGUUAAGUACUUCAUUGAGAAAUGCUUGGCCACUGUUUCUCUUAGAGUCUCUGCUCGUGAGUUGCUAGAUGAUCCUUUCUUUCGAAUAGACGAUGGUGAGUUUGAUCUGAGAUCAGUUGAUAUGGAUUAUCCGGUGGCGCAGCCGCCGCUACUUAGACAGCCUCAUCAUCUUGCUGACUACUACAAUUACCCGUCGAAUAGUAGCUCUUUGAAUCGUCAGUAUUCAAAUGGUUACCACGAGUAUCAGAACAGAUGGGGGUAUAAUAAUCCUGGUGAAACAGAGGAGACUCAUGGAAUCGAGCUCUUUGAGUGUAGAAAUGAAGAAGACAAGAGCUCUGGUAAUGUUGAUAUCAGUAUCAAAGGGAAGAGAAGAGAUGAUGGUGGCUUGUUCUUGCGUUUUAGAAUCACCGACAAAGAAGGGCGUGUCCGGAACAUUUACUUUCCAUUUGACAUCGAGACAGACACGGCACUGAGCGUUGCGACGGAGAUGGUAGCUGAGCUAGAUAUGGACGAUCACGGAGUCACAAAGAUAGCCAACAUGAUUGACGGUGAGAUAUCUAGGCUUGUACCUAGUUGGAGACCAGGCCCGGAGUUUGAAGAAUCUCUUGCCGCCGCUGCUGCAGCGGCGGCGGCUGCAAAUGCGAACAUUUGCAGCAACUGCGUAUCGAACCGGACUUCGAUGGGUUCGGUGAUGGAUUUCUUGAGGACAAACCCUGGAGCGAACGUUGCACAGUGUUGUAGAAACGGGUGUGGGGAGACUCAUGGACGGUUUGAAGAGAUCACGAUAAGAGAGACCGAGGUUAGGCUUCGAGAGAUAUGGAAGCUGCAGCAACAGCAGGAGAGUCGAGAGCUUAGCUCGAUAGACUCGGGGCAAAACCAUUCAGAAGAGGAAGAGGAGGAAGAAGAAGUGUACGAGGACCCUGAAAUCACGUUUUCUUGCGAGGCAAGUAACGGGAUAAACCAUCUAACCGGUUCUGGUUCGUUCUCGUUUUUACCGUCUCUGUACUGUGAUGAGGUAGAGAAAAGCGAAAGUCAGGUCCAACAAGAGUUAAGAUGGCUUAAAGCUAAGUGUCAUAUGGAUAUAAGAGAGAUGCAGGAUGAUCAGUUAAAGUCCCGUUGGUCUGAAUCAGGAGAAGAGGGUCUGUAUUUGAAAGAUGGACUCUCCAGUUCGGUUUCUGGUCUGUAUUUGAAAGAUGGACUCUCCGGUUCGGUUUCGGGUUUGGGAAGAGGAGAUGAAGAUGAGGUGAAAGAGAAGGUCUUUAGAGAAAGAUUAGUACCGAAGUGUCUUAAAAGUUAAAAGGACAACUUCUCUUCCUGUUGAUGCCAUUGAAGCUUGGUGGUUUCUUCAUGUAUACAUAUUGUUUGGUAUUCUUUUGGGGUUAAUAUUCUUACAAUAACACCAUUCCAGAAUUUAGUUUGUGAAUGCAUAAAAAUGCAAUAAGAUUUUAAGAAUUAUUAUGGAUAAAAUUCAUAUAUAGCAAGUUGUUUAUAAUAAAUUUUUAGCACUAACAUAAA